UCCUUUUGGUGUAAAUCUGGACUCUAAUUCUGUAAUAUAUCAAGGAAUCUCGUAAAACCGACACUAAAACGUCCCCGACUACAAAUCAUCCGGCCAAAUUAUGAGUUCAUUGUAUUAUGCGAAUGCUUUAUUUUCUAAAUAUCCAGCCGCAAGUUCGGUUUUCGCUCCAGGAGCCUUCCCCGAACAAACUUCUUGCGCCUUUGCUUCCAACCCCCAGCGCCCCGGCUAUGGAGCAGGUCCGGGCGCUCCCUUCUCCGCCUCGGUGCAGGGUCUGUACUCCGGCGGGGGGGCCAUGGCGGGCCAGAGCGCGGCUGGCGUCUAUGCAACCGGCUACGGGCUCGAACCGAGUUCCUUCAACAUGCACUGCGCGCCCUUUGAGCAGAACCUCUCCGGGGUGUGUCCGGGCGACCCCGCCAAGGCGGCUGGCGCCAAGGAGCAGAGGGACUCGGACUUGGCGGCCGAGAGUAACUUCCGGAUCUACCCCUGGAUGCGAAGCUCAGGUGUCUUUCCAAGAGCUCCGUGGGCCCCUGAGGCCCUGGUCAUUCUUUCCUUCCUUGCAGUCCUGGAGGCCCAAAUAUUGCUUCAGACAAGGCCUGACCGAAAGCGAGGCCGCCAGACCUAUACACGCUACCAAACCCUGGAGCUGGAGAAAGAAUUUCACUACAAUCGCUACCUGACUCGGCGGAGGCGCAUCGAGAUCGCGCACGCGCUCUGUCUCACCGAAAGACAGAUCAAGAUCUGGUUUCAGAACCGGCGCAUGAAGUGGAAAAAGGAGAACAAAACCUCAGGCCCGGGAACCACUGGCCAGGACAAGGCAGAAGCCGAGGAGGAGGAGGAGGAGGAAGAGUGAGGGACAGAGAAAGCCAAGAGGAGGAAAGAGAAGAGAGGGAGAACCCAAUUGUGGGAACUGAAGCCCGAAACUCAAAUAAAGGGGCAAACUAUUUAAAUGAAGAGGUCUAAAAAUAAUAAGGAAAGAGAAGGGUGAAAUUUGGGUUUCUUAACACUGUAAAAAAAAAAUACUACCUACGGGAAAGUGUGUUGUCUGUUUUUGUACAGUAUGGGAAGGACAUUCUCUACCUGCUCCGUGACUUUCUGGAAUGUGCCUCCCCUUUUCUAUGUUGCUAGUAAGGUCUUUGUAAAAUCUUGCUGUUUUGUAAGCCCUCUUUGAAGCUGUCUUUGUGAACUGUGGUUCCAGAUGAACAGAUUAGUUCCUUACCUACCCCAUACUUCCCAGUAGCAGUACUAGAAGGGCUGUAUGGAGCCCUGAGGAUCUACUAGCUUCUGCGUCUGGUGCAUUUUGGCUGCUGUUUCUAGGUCCUAUCCACGAACCUCUUUCUGUAUAUCUGAAGGAUGGAAAAUAAAACAGGAUUAAAUAUCAA